AUGCUGCAAUGUUUCUAUCCCUUUUGUGAAGAAAAACCUAGUAUCCUCUGCCGCUGUCAAGGAUCAGGUGUAAUUGUCUGCAAAACUCAUAUUCUUGACCAUAUAAGUUUGAAACAGGGAAAAGGUCAUUUAACAGAGCCUCUUUUCUCCAAACCUUUAAAGGAGAAUAAGAUAGAGUUAACGAGACACUUGAAAAGCGCAGUUGAAGAUCUCAUAAACUCCAAGUCCAAAUGUAUUUUAAAUGCAAAUGUCAUUAUAAGCGAAAUUUUGAGAAGCCUGAAUUAUGAAAUUAAGUCUAUAAACAAAGAAAUUGACUACUACUUGACUUUCAUCUCUAAGAUCAACUCCAUUGAAGAAAUACCGAAGCUUUCCCCAUCUGAUGAAGAACAAGCUCUUAUUUUAAGCCUCGAAGAAGCAAAGAAUCUUAUCAAAGAUCGUGUUGAAAGACUAAGUGAGCAAAGCGAAGGCCAAGAAGAAAGCUCAGAUGAGGUUGAAUGUGUUGAAGGAAAUCCGUUUGCUAAGCAUCCAGAUAUUGAAAUAAAAGAUAUAUCAAAAAUUGAGCAAAGGAUUGAACAAUGAAAAGGCCUUCUUAAUAAAAAGGUCACAGAUGAUGUAGGAAAAAAUACCCAGGAGGAUAAUGUGAAUGGUAAAGAACCUAAUGAAAAACUCCCAAUUAAAAAAGCAAAUCGAGGUUGUAAAAAGAGGAGGAGAGGAAGAGCCAAGUUUUAA